AUGGAUAAUAUUAAAUCGAAAGCUGUCCGCUGGUUGGAAGACAAUCGUGGAUUGGUGAUUGUCGCCUUCUGUCUACCAGCAAGUUUUAUAUUCGACUGUUUCAUGCAAUUUCGACUUUGGUUCAAUCGAACCUUCUUCAAAAGUACUUUGAAUCAUUCCGAUCGUGUAGGAGAAGUUCAACGUAGAGUAAAGCAAUGGAACAAACUGAAUGUUAACGAGAGGAAACUACUGUGCACAGCAAAACCAAACUGGCUGAGCUUGUCAACGACCUUCUUCGAUAAGUCAAAAUGUCAUCAAGUUCCUGUUGAUUUACAUGAAAUCAUCCAUUUGAACGAGCGAGAUCUGACCGUUUCUGUGGAACCAAACGUCACCGUCCGUGAAAUUUGCCAAUUUCUUGUUCCAAAAGGUUAUACUUUGGCUGUAACACUAGAAUUCGGAGAUGCAACACUGGGAGGGUUAGCUUUCGGUGUUGGUAUGACAACCUAUUCACAUAAGGUUGGGCUUUACCAAGAAGCAAUUGAAGAAUAUGAAGUAGUGACAUCAUCUGGAGAACACAUAACUGUCACUGCAGACAAUGAGCACAAGGACUUAUUCUACUGCUUGCCAUGGUCACAUGGAACGCUGGGAUUUCUAGUUGGGUUGAAGCUUAAGAUUAUUAAGGUUAAGCCUUACAUAAAACUCGAUUACAUACCGUGUCACAGUCAGGAAGAGUAUUGUGAGAAGAUCAUGGAGAUAUCAGGAGCUUAUGAUAAGGAUAAAGAAGUUCCUGAUUAUGUUGAAGCUACCAUAUUUGAUAAGGAUAAAGCAGUGAUAAUGGUUGGCAACUUUGCCGACGUAAACAGUGCGGAUAAGAGAUCAAAGGUUAAUGAUGUAUGUAAUUGGUGGAAGCCAUGGUUUUAUAAGCACGUUGAGAAUAUGUUCACACGAGGAGGUUAUGAAUACAUUCCAUUAGAAUCAUAUUUACUUCGUCACAAUAGAGCCAUUUUUUGGGUUCUCGAAAGUAUGAUUCCAUUCGGGAAUCAUCCUAUUUUUAGAGCUUUGAUGGGAUGGCUAUGUCCACCCAAGCCUGCUUUCCUCAAGUUCACAACAACUCGGGUAAUUCGUGAGAUGACUUUUGCUAAACAGGUUUUCCAAGAUAUUGUUAUGCCCUUAGACACAUUAGCAGAUCAAGUUAACACUGCUGUUAAGCUAUUUGACACCUAUCCUCUACUCGUCUAUCCUUGCCGGGUUUAUGAUCACAACAGAGGUCCUCAAGGACAAUUACGUGCUCCUCCAGCAAGCAGAUUGGUGCCUGGAACGAAUUAUGCCAUGUUUAAUGAUUUGGGAGUUUACGGUACACCUGGACAAGUGAAACGACGAGAAGAGUAUAAUCCAACAUAUGCAAUGAGAGCAAUGGAGAAGUUUACACGAGAUGUCGGAGGGUAUUCAUUCCUUUAUGCUGAUAUAUUCAUGACAGAGGAUGAGUUCAAUGUUAUGUUCGAUAUGACAUUAUACAAUGAAGUUCGUCAAAAAUACAAAUGUGAUGGAGCUUUCCCUCGCUUAUAUGAUAAGGUUAAGCCUGAGAUUGAUGUUAUAGCCAUUGGAGAACAGUAUGCACAAAAGAAAAAUGAGUAA